AGACAAGAUAAAAAUAAAAGAGAGAGAACUGGACUCUUUCUUCAAAUAUUCUCAACCAAAAAACCCCUUACCUUGUCACCCGAAGAAGGGAUUUCAACCCGACGAACCUCAUGCAACUGCACCCGCAAGUCUCUCCUUUAAUAACCAAGAGACGAGCGACAAGUGAGAGCCAUGCCUGCACCAUCUAAGCAGCGCAAAAUUGCGAUUGUCGGCAGCAGGUCGGUUGGGAAAUCCUCGCUCACUGUGCAGUUCGUGGACGGCCAUUUCGUGGAAAGCUACUACCCCACCAUCGAGAACACCUUUAGCAAGGUCAUCAAGUACAAGGGGCAAGAGUACGCCACUGAGAUCAUCGACACUGCCGGGCAGGAUGAAUACUCCAUCCUGAACUCGAAACAUUUCAUUGGGAUCCAUGGCUACAUGCUCGUGUACUCGGUUGCUUCGACACAGUCCUUUGAGAUGGUCCACGUUAUCAGAGACAAAAUUCUGAAUCACUUGGGCUCGGAAUGGGUUCCUAUUGUCAUCGUGGGGAACAAGAGUGACUUGCGUCCAGAUCAACGUCAAGUCACUGUUGAGGAUGGCAAAGCUUUGGCUGAGAAGUUCAACUGUGCCUACACCGAAGCAAGUGCACGGUACAAUGAGAAUGUCACCAAAGCUUUUGAGCUUAUGGUUGGACAAAUCGAGAAGCAGCAGAACCCAAAUGAGCCAGCUGGUGGGAACAAGUGCCAAAUCAUGUAGAGUGGAGAGUCGAAGAUGGCAAGACUUGAUUUUGUGUUUUCAGGUGGGCAGCUGCUUUCUGUAAGGUGUUCGGAGAGGGUCACUUUGCAGACUUUCGGCGUUAGGGCAUCCGUUUUGAAUUUACAAGAGCGAUUGGGAUACAGGAACCGAGUCUCUUGUAUUUGAAUUGUCAAUGUACAAGCCGUGGCAAGCUGAAUCUGACAUGGCACGUGAUGCAGCCUGAAUGAAGCCUGCAGGGGAUAUUUUAGCGCGCCAACCCCUCGCCAACCCCACCACCAGCGAGGAGGCUGUGAAAUAUUCCUGAUUCAAUAAAUCCGCGGCUCGUAACCACCCAACCCAACCGCCCACACCACCACUCUUUGAAAGAGUACACCAAUUUCCAACAUGCUUGACGUCUUCGACUUCAUCGUCGAGAAGGGCGGAGACCCUAAGAAGAUCAAGGAGUCCCAGAGACGUCGUUAUGCGCCUGAAGAAGCGGUGGACGAAGUCAUU